AUGAACAAUAAAAACGACUACCAUACAACGAAAAACAACACCACCCCAAGAAUUUGGCAACUAGCCACCGAAAUGAUCACAGAACUCUUGGAAAACUACCCAACACUACGAAUAGAAGUUGACCUUACGGGACCAAAAUUCAUAGAAAUUCCAUUACCAAUAGAAGGAAAUGAAACAACGGACCCACUGCAAAACAUACCAACAACUCAUAAAGAAACUUCAAAACUACCACAAAUGGCAGAACACCUGACAUCGCAAAUGGACGACCUUGACAAAUGCAGAAUUCUAAAAGGGAUUGGUGAAAAUCCAAAACAGAAAACCUUACUUAACCGAUUACGGAUAAUGGAAUGGUUACAUACUACUUUUGGAGUAGAUCUAACUCUUUUACUUGCAGUAAACCUGACCAUCUUUAUCAAACUUAGUCAAUUAGACUGUGACGAGUUAGACGAACUACAGAAUAAAAUAAU